AUGGAUCCGGCAGAAGAUAUGGAGCACGCCCUUCACCGCUGGCUAAGCGGACAAGUCGCCGAUCAUCAGGUUGUGCAAGUACUAGGACCCCAAAUACUACAAAGAUGGCAAGCACUCUUGGUGAGUAUCGUGGAGGAGGAUGACACCCCCAUCAUCACGGACACGUCGUCGAUGCCAGCCAGACCAUGGACGACCAACUUGCACCCAUCCAAGUACAUGGAGAUGCUCAGCACCACUGACGAGGGCAUCAGCAACACCGUCAACAGAUUUCGACAGCAAACCAUGAAGGCCAAGAUACUGCACCAAUCCAGAUUGCGAGCGGUGCAGACCGACUACCCCGAGAUAAUCGGCCAAGGACGACUACAAGACAUGGAAAUCAAACCCGGUCGAGUUCUUGCCUCCGCGGAAAACCACGGUACCAUGACCACGCCACCGGCAUGUCCAUGGAUUAUGCGGGCACGGACCAACCUGUCAGAGACCUACAAACCUGGCACACUGGAGCCUUCCCACACAUUCCCGUACCUCCCGACCGCACAGUACCUCCUCCCGAAGAACGGCAUCACAGAGAAGACAGAUCCAGGCCGGCUACGCCCAGUUCUACCAGUGGAUCAGAUAGAGAAAGUGCAGCCGCAGUGGUGGACGGUCAUUCGAUUCUUCCCCAACCGCAUGACCUUCCUCCCGAAGCAGCUGGUGCACAAGUUCCCCUCACUCCAACAAGAACUUCAAAACAGCAUCCUCAUGACCUGGGACCAAUACAAGGACGACGCAUCCACCCACGUCCAGAUGGCACGCUACGCCGACUCCGUCGACAUUCCCCAACCCAAGCCCCUACACCUACGACUACGUGCCCUCCUACACGAAAUUCUAUCAGGAACCGCUGCAGUUCACAUCCUACAGUUCACAGCCAUACAGUUUAGGAUGCUCGUACGCAAAGGCACUUGCCCAGAUUUGGCCACAAUGCCCAACAUCUAUCAGCUCUGGCACUGGGGCUACAUCAAAUUCCGAAGUGUGAACCCGGAACUCUGGAUGUUCACACACAACUUCGCAGAUCCCAGAACUAUGGGCAGGCUGGAGCAGACCUGCACUCACUUCCACAGAGUCUGGUCAGCACACGUCCUACCCAGCACGGCAGGAUUGGUACCCCUGCUUCCGCCCAUACAAGACCUCUGCGUGGUGCUCCAUAGUACUACGCCACCCUUCCACCAGCCGAUGCUUGCGAAGUACAACACCAUCUCGGGCAUCAUGACCAUGCAGGCGGUCAGCAACAUAGUCUUCCGCAAGGCUCACCAUGACCUACAGCUCCACAGAACAUGGCCCAGCAUCGAUUCCCACACAGAAUGCCUUCAGGGAACCAACACGUUCCAAAUUCCGGACCACUGGUCAACCAACAUAUGGACCGACACGCUUCAGAAGCUCACCCACACGACCAGAUGGACGCCACCCUCCACUCCCGACAUCCGCACCAAACUCACCAUCGACCACCUCCACAGCGACACACUGCCCACCAUGGUAUGGACACCGAGAUUCGCCUUACCCCUCACCUCACAACAGAUCCACGCAGUUCAAGUCUCCACCCAAGCAGCACAUGUACUACAUCGACUUUGGGACCCACUCAUCUUCACCUUUGCGGACCCUUGCCACACCAUCGACGGUUUCGACGCCAAGCGGACAAGCCGGCCUGAUUUGAUUGGCAAAUUUCACCGACUGAGUCCAGGAGGACAAACGCCAAUGUUAGCAAUCCCGGCCAGCAGCGUGAUGGAGACACAGUUGGACUGGGCCUGGUUCCAAACCACUACGGCAUCCAGUUCCUCGUUCAGAUGGCUGUCUCUACCCCUUGCAGUCAUCGGACACCCCAGGACGCACUCGGUCUUUUGGACCCACCCGAAGAUAUCAGGCCAAAUCCAACGUCACCAAGCUCUACAUGUACAUCAAACCACGUGGCUGGCGGUAUCGGGAACACCUACAGCCUUCCAAGAGGAUCCAGACAUCAAGCAGAAUCAAGCGCAGGCCACGCCAACCCAGGAGGAAUGGACGGACUUCAUCAACCAACGACAAGCUCUACUAGAACUUCAACGACGCACCACCGUUGACCAAGAAGCAG